UUGAGGUCAAGUCACUUCUUUGAUGGAUUCUGUAAUUUCUUAUUGUGUUUGAGAGAGAAAUAUUGACUGGCUAUAUUUUAUGCUGAUUAAUAGGUAAUCAUCUAAGAAUUUGCUUAAAGUUCAGCUAAGGGGUGCAUAAGUAUAUGCAUGAUCCUUCAAAAAAACCAAGCACGAUAUUAGUCCAGUUUGUACCGAAAACUAUGAUAAAACUUUCAAUGAUAAAUCCCUGUAUGAUUUUAUUGUUCUUCUUCUACUUUGCCACUACUCCAGCUACAUGCUCAAACAACGAAACUGACUUACAAGCACUGCUGGCCUUCAAGAGAUCCAUAGAUGAUGAUCCAACCGGUGUCUUGAACUCAUGGAAUGAAACACUUCAUUUUUGUAGCUGGAAAGGCAUUUUGUGCAGCAAAAGACAUCAAAACAGAGUCGUGUCAAUUAAUCUCAUGUCCCAAGGCCUGGUGGGAACCCUUUCGCCUCAUUUAGGUAAUCUUUCUUUCCUCAGAACCAUCAUUCUACAGAACAACAGCUUCCACGGCUUCAUCCCGGAAGAAAUUGGUCGAUUGAGGAGGCUUGAGUUGAUUGAAUUUAGUAACAACUCUUUUGGUGGUGAGAUCCCAAGAAACCUGUCAAACUGUAGGAAUCUUUACUACCUGAAUUUGAUUGACAACAACCUCACAGGAAGUAUAAUCCCUGAGAUAGGUUCUCUUGUCAAACUUGAAGCUCUAGGCUUAACAAGAAACAGGGUUUCAGGGACUAUCCCAUCAUUCAUAGGAAACCUCAGCAGCCUAGUUCAACUUUCUUUAGCAAGCUGCAACUUGCAAGGACUAAUUCCAGAAUCACUUGUCCAACUUCAAAGACUGCAGUUGCUAAAUUUAGUUGAAAAUCACUUGACUGGUGAGAUUCCUUAUGCCCUGUAUAACAUUUCCAGUAUCACUAUUUUUUCAGUGCGUUCAAAUCGACUCCAAGGAAACAUACCUUCUGAUGUAUGCUUUACACUGCCAAAUAUGAGGACCCUUGAUUUGGGAGACAAUCAUUUUACUGGAGUACUUCCACCUUCACUGUCGAAUUCUUCCUCGCUUGAAAGAAUAAAUCUGGCCUUAAACAACUUCACAGGGGAAAUAAUUAAGGAUUUUAAAAGGCUCUCAGCUCUUCGAUACUUGUUUGUUUCAUCUAACCAUUUGGAAGGAGAUUUAAGUUUCAUUUCAUCCAUGAUAAAUUGCACUAGCCUUAAAACUCUUUUACUCUUUGAUAAUCUAUUGACUGGUUCAUUGCCAGAUUCCAUUCGCAAUCUCUCAAGUCACUUGAGUUACCUGUCUAUUGCUCAAAAUCAGUUGCAUGGAAGAAUUCCUCCUAGUAUAGGUGACCUUUUGAGUCUCACUCGCAUAAAUUUUGCAUAUAAUGAUCUUGAAGGUCCUAUUCCUUUUUCUAUUGGUAAACUAUAUAAGUUGCAAGAAAUUUACCUUGGAGCAAACAGAUUGACAGAUGAGCUACCGUUUUCAUUCGGUAACUUGACUUUGUUGAACCAUCUAUACUUGAGGCAAAAUAAUUUCCUUGGGAAUAUACCUCGUAGUCUUAGCAACUGUAGCAACUUGCUAACCUUAGACCUUUCACUUAACAAUCUCGAUGGUCCAAUACCUCCAGAAAUUGUGAGCCUGUCCUCCAUUUCAAUUACCUUUAACCUAGCCUACAACAUCUUCACGGGUCCUAUUCCAUUAGAAGUUGGGUCUUUGAGAAAUCUUGCAAACCUAGACUUGUCUCACAAUAGAUUAUCAGGGUUCAUUCCAAACUCUUUGAGCAGCUGUGUAAGGCUGGAAAGGCUUCACUUGGAUAACAAUGCUCUUAAUGGAGAAAUACCUGAUGGAUUAACUGCUUUGAGGGGUUUGCAAGUAUUGGAUCUCUCACAAAAUAACUUAUCAGGGCUGAUUCCAAGAUUUCUAAGUGAGCUGCCUCUGCUAAAGUUGAAUCUGUCUUUCAAUAGGCUGCAAGGAGAAGUCCCUACUCUAGGAGUGUUUCAAAAUGGAAGUGCAAUCUCACUUGUAGGAAACAGUGGCUUGUGUGGAGGUAUUGUGCACUUAAAGCUUCCUCCUUGCUCACCAGAACAUUCCGAAAAGAAACACUUUCCAACUGCAUGGAAAAUCUUGAUCCCAUUAUUGGGAGCUGGAGCCAUAUGCCUUAUACUUUCUGCAUGCUUCAUCCACGGGCAACGAAUAUCACAAAAGAUUCAAUUUCCAGUGCCCGCAAUUGGGACCGAGUUUUUGAGGCUAUCUUAUGCAGAUCUCCUAAAAGCCACAGGUGGAUUCUCGGAGGCCAAUUUACUUGGGGCUGGCAGAUUUGGAUCUGUUUACAAAGGACUUCUCAAUGAUGAACAAACACCGGUGGCAGUCAAGGUGCUUAAUCUUGACAUGAAAGGAGCUUCUAACAGCUUUAUAUCAGAAUGCAAUGCAUUAAGGGGCAUAAGACACAGAAACCUUCUGAAAAUACUGAGUAUUUGUCCUAGCACAGAUUUCCAAGGUAAUGAUUUUAAGGCAUUGGUUUAUGAAUAUAUGGCCAACGGGAGCUUGGAGAAGUGGCUGCACCAAACUUCAGAUGAAGCAAGCAGAAAUCUUAGCACAAUUCAGAGACUCAACAUUGCCAUUGACAUUGCAUCUGCACUCGACUAUCUGCAUUUUGGUACAGACUCAACAAUCGUUCAUGGCGAUUUGAAGCCGAGUAACAUUCUUUUAGAUGAAAGUAUGACUGCCCUUUUGGGAGAUUUUGGAUUGGCAAGAGUGGUUUCCAGUAUGUUCUCAAGGCAUGAAAGCAGUUCUCUUGCAAUAAAGGGUACCAUAGGCUAUAUUGCUCCUGAGUAUGGCACGAGCAAUAUGGUUUCAACAUCCGGGGACGUAUACAGUUUUGGGAUUUUUCUAUUGGAGAUGUUCACAAACAGAAGGCCGACGGACGGUGAACUUUCAAGUCACUCAAGUCUUCAUGAUUUUGUGAGCAGAGCAUUGCCAAGCCAAGUGACAGAAGUUUUAGAUCCAUUUAUUGUACAUGAAUACAAGCACAGUAUGGAUAGCAUAAUCAAGAACUGCAUGGUUUCUGUUUUGGGAAUUGGAGUGGCGUGUUCAAAACAACUGCCGGGAGAUCGAAUGUCGAUGAUGGAUGUUGUUAAUGAAUUGCAUAAGAUCAAAAACGCUUGCAUGGUCCAAUGAUUUUGCUAAAAUUUUAUUGGGAAAUAUUUUUCUUUAUCUUAUAUGAGAAACAAUAAAAAUAUUGGAGUCGUUUUCUUAUUUCCUAU